ACAGGUUGCACCCUGUUGAUACUGAGGACGUGGUGCUCCCACGUAAAAGAGCCACCUACCGGGCAAAAGCAGUGCGUACUUGGAAGAGGGCUAAAGCCCUGACUGAAUCGGACUCAAAGGAGGUUUCUGACGUGUCCGAUGCGAUCGACCCAGUUUACUCUGAGGACUCAUCUCCUGAAUGCAGUGUGACUGCGACGCCAGCUAUCGAAGCUAAGCAGGAGGCGGUCAACUCCGCUAUCUUAGACCCUCAAGGGGAACCCCUUUUUGACCCUGAUGCCCUGCAUAAACAUCGUUCAGGUGAAUGGUACCCCACUGACCAUGUGGCCAAAUACAUUGCAACUAGAGUUAGAAAACCCCUAGAUAAGGCCACGAGAAAUAAUUUAGAGCGGAGUGCCCACGCCCUAUGGUCCCUGACAUGGCCUGUGUUACACCAGACAUGGAUCCUAAGAUCGGCCAAUUCCUGGGAAAACCUGGUUGACAGGCCAAAAAGGGAUUGGACUAUUCCUUGCGACACUGUCAGGACAAAGUCUUAG